UAAUCACGGAUGAUACCUUCAUGUACAAAUAAAUGUGCUGGCAGUAUUUAAUCAUUAAUAAUUAUUACAGGUAUUGCUUCUGAUUUCAUCGGACGAUCCAUCACAUUCCUAUUUUUUUCUUUUUUUAUGUUACCUCAAUAUUGAUCCCUCCUAAAUUCAUUGUACUAACAAUCAUAACCCUAAAAAGACAUAAUAUAAAAGAUAAUAUAUAACCCCUAGGCAAAAAAGGCACAGCAUAGCGAACAUAACCACCCAGUCAGAUAUUCGCAUUGUUUUAUCGGCAGUUAUCUCUAUUGCCAAAACUUCGUUGUAUGCUGCAAACAUUAGGAAUUUUUCGCAAGCUUACGAAAACAGUAAGGAAUACGGUUACGUCAUAAACAUUUUAGACAACCUUUCCCCUAUAUAUAUCUGUCACAACGCAGGCGAUUUAUGCCUUUUGCAUGCUUCACGGAUCAUAUGCAGCUCGAACAGCAUAUUGUCAAGAAUGUUUGAGGCACGAAUGACAAUAUAAUGACGUAUUUGUAUUCGUUAUCUUUUUCGCUUGCGUAAUCUCCCUAUUAAAAUGAAGAAAACGCAUUUACUAUCAUCUUGUAUUUGAUUGUAGGCCUAGACAUUGCAGGUCUCGUGCGUGCAUUUUCACUUGUGCAAAAUGCGCCGAAGAUUUUUAACACAGAAGUCCGGCCUGGCUCUUUUCCCGCCCUUAACGGUAUUCGUGUGCUUAGUAUGUUUUGGAUUAUUUUGGGACAUACUGCUCAAUUUAUGGGUUACAGACUCGAUAAUAUCACUUACGUAUUGACCACUUUAUUACCGAAGUUCUAUUUCGUGAUAUUAUGGCAGGCAACGUUUGCCGUUGACACAUUCUUUCUCCUCAGUGGUCUUCUAUUAUGCUAUCUUACACUGAAAACGUUGAAAAAAUGCGACGGCAAACUGAACUGGGGCCUGUUUUAUUUCCAUCGUUGGUGGCGUAUUACUCCCGCGUAUUUUAUGACUUUGGCCAUUUGGUCGUCCUUGUUAAUCCAUCUGGCCGAUGGACCAUCUGCAAAUGCAACGUUCGACGGUGCUAGGCAACUAUGUAGGGCCACCUGGUGGACGAAUGUGCUGUAUAUUAAUAAUCUGUUCCCCUUUCCUGGAACUGAUGGUUCAAUAUGCAUGAUAUGGUCUUGGUAUCUGGCAGUUGAUAUGCAGUUCUUCAUCAUCACUCCACCCCUUCUGAUUCUAUUGUUUAAACGACCCAGAUUGGGCAUCGCAGCGACCGCGGUUGUAUGCGUUGUCUCAUUCAUAACUACUGCGUCGCUCACGGGCUAUUGGGGACUGAAGGCUGGCUUGAAUUCUGGGUUUUACAAUAACCGAAGCUUAGAGUUUCCAGACGCUCAGAGGAUCUACAACAAGCCCUACACCCGCAUCUCAACUUACCUCGUCGGCAUUUUAACAGGAUAUGUCAUGUUUGCAUACGAAAGCCGAAGGCCUAGAAUUCCAAAGUGGGGAUUGGCUGUGGGGUGGAUUGUUUCCAUUAUCCUGGCAAUGAUAGUUAUAUUUGGUCUCUGGAAAACAAAUACCGGGAAGGAGUUAAGCCAGGGUGCGGCCAUCAUGCACUACACGUUCAGCAAAUUCUCGUUUGCUCUGGCCGUAGCUUGGGUAGUACUUGUUUGCGUUUUCGAUUACGGAGGGCCCGUCAACACGUUCUUGUCCUGGGGUAUCUGGACGCCGCUUGCUCGCCUCACAUUCUGUGCAUACCUGCUCCACCCAGUGUUGCUAUUUUUGUACAUCUUUCCAAGUAAAGUCCUCUUUCACUAUUGGGGUUUCCAAACGUUUUACACUUUCAUCGCAACAAUAGUGCUGUCGUAUGGCGCUGCAUUUGUGCUGUCAGUACUUGUGGAAGCACCAACAAUGGGCCUGGAGAAAAUGUUGUUUCACAAGAAAACUAAGUGACGCAAAAGUUGUUAGCAUGUGUAUUUUGAACCUUCCAUUAGGACACUUCUAUGGUGUAGUAGGGUGAGGCUAGAUGUGUUUAUUAUCUAAUUAAAAAGUAGGCUUUUGUAUUUUCUGUAAAAGACGCCCGAAAAUUAGGAUUGAAUUUGGGCCAGUUGAGCCGCAAUAAUCUUUUGUAUACGUGGUCGAAGCUGUUACCAAAUGUUUAUUCAUUAUUUUCUCAAUAUAAGAUAACAAAAUGUAUAAGUCUACAUGACAACAUUUUAAAGAUUGUAUAGUUACUUCAAUAGUUCCAAAAUAUUUGAUGACAAUAUAGAAUUGUGUUAGUAUACAAUACUGUACCGUGUCUUUUCAUAGCCAUGAAUACAGUUUUGUGGGUGGUUUUCCUCACAAACGAACUAGGACCAACAGUGUUAAAGGCAUUUGCUUUACAUUUAUCUUCGGAUUUUU